GUUGGGUAAAGUUUGCUCGUGGAAACCGCUACUCUGCUGCCGAGCACAUGGAGCGCUACAAAGAGGAAUGCCAGCGAAUCUUUGACUUGCAGAAUAGGGUUCUGGCUUCCACGGAGACGUUAUCCACAGACGAGGAAUCCACAUCGGGCGAGGACUCGGACUUUGAGGAGAUGGGCAAGAACAUCGAGAGCAUGUUGUCCAACAAGAAGACUAGCACUCAGUUGUCCCGUGAGAAGGAGGAGGCGGAGCGGCGAGAGUUGCAGCGCAUGCUCAAAGGAGAGAUCGCAGACAAGGACAAGAAGAGCAAGACGAGCAACUCCAAGGAGGACGACAUGAUGGUAGAUUUCUCCUUCCCCUUUCUUUCCAUCCGUCGACAACUUAGUCUUGCUUCACACCCCAGGCCUGUUGGGCGCUGUGGGCGUUUAUUUUUUUGCCUUUAACGCUUUGU